AUGGGAAAGAAAAAGGCUCCCGUUUUCCGAGACGCUGCAGCAAACAAGAAGAAGAACGAAGACGAAGGUGCUUCGAUCAAAGCCAUUCGCACAUGGGACGAUAUCGAGCAUGAUUCAGAAGACGAAUUUCACGAUCGUCGUGGAAAGGUGUUGCUCGAGAAUGACGCCAACAACGAUGAUGAUGAGAGCGAUGCUGAAGUUUUUGGCCUUGGCUCAGACGAUGAGGAUGAGGAAGAAGAACUUUCGGAUGAUGAGAUUGUGCCUGCCAACAAGGAUGAUAGUGAGGAAGAAGAAGAUCAAACCUGGGGUAAAUCCAAGCAAGCCUACUAUGACGCCGAUGAAGGAGAUGACUUGGAUGAGAUGCGAGAAGAGGAGACUGAGGCCUUGAAGAUCCAAAAGGAACAAUUGGCAGCUAUGGAUGAAGCUGAUUUUAUGGAUGAAUGGGGUACUGGCCCUGGCGCAGACGAGGAAGCUGAUAAGCAACUUGUGGAAGAUGUUACCAAGGAUUUGGAUGAUAUCACUUUCGAUAUCAAACAAAACAUUGCCAAGCGACGAAAGAAUAUCCCAGUCCCUGAGAAGCUCAGAAUUCUUCAAAAUGAGUCACCCGAGUUGUUGGAUUUGUUGAAUGAGUUCAAGGAAAAGAGUGAGACAGUGGAAUUGCUUGAUACAUUGCUUGCAAGGAUACAAUCUAAGGGCAAGAGCGAUGAGCACGAAGCCAAGUUUUUACGAUUCAAGCACCAGUUGCUUAUGAAUUACUUGACCAAUGUCUCGUUUUAUCUUGUCCUCAAGGCAUCCGGCACGACAGGUCUCAAAGAUCAUCCUGUUAUUGACGCCCUUGUCGAAUUACGGUCACAAUUGGAAAAGACGGAUCAACUCGAAGUCAAGCUACAACCCGAAAUCAAUGCAUUUAUGGAUCGACUCGAUGCUCCCGAGAAAACAGCUACCAAGAAGGAAGCCUCUUCUACCAAGAAGUCUGCCAAGAAAUCUUCAUCCAGCAAAAAAGAGAAACAGCAACCCGUACCAGCAUCACCAGAACUUGAGGAGGAGGAUUACAUGGUUAUGGAUGAUGAUCAGGAGGAAGAGGAAGAUGAGGAAGAAGAUGAUGCCAUCAAAGCGUUCGACAUUGAACAAGAAUUCAAGAGUCUUAAAAAGAGCAGCAAAGCAGCCAAGAAACGCAAACGUGGCAUGCAAGAUGACUUUGGUGAAUUGGAGGCAUUGGAUGAAAUGGAUAUGGAAGACAAGCUGGCCAAGAAGCGAUCAUUAAGAGAUUAUGUUGCCAAGAUUGAUGCUAAAUCGGAUCAAAAAUUGACAAGAUACCAAGGUGAUGUCGAUCUUCCAUACAGAGACCAGGACAAUUGGAAACAAAAGAAUGGUGUUGCACAACCCAAAGACUCGGCUGCAGAUUUGGAUGAUGAGGAUUAUGAUGAUGAGGAUAUGGCAGCAGCACGAAACAUGCAUGAUGACGAUGAGGAUGAUCCAUACUAUGCUCAAGCGGUGGCGGAGAAAGCAGCACAAAAGGCUGCCAAACGAGCUCAAUAUGAAGCAUCACGACCCGAGAUUAUUGAUGGUGAUUGGCAAGUGGAAGAAGGUGAAAAGCGACUGGCAUCGUACAAGAUUCUCAAGAACAAGGGUCUCACCCCCAAGCGCAAAAAGGAGAACCGCAAUGCUCGUGUCAAGAACCGUACCAAAUAUUCCAACAAGCUCAAAAAGCUGGCAUCUGUGCGAGCCGUGGCCAAACCUCUCCAGGGUUCCUAUGGAGGCGAAUCGACCGGUAUCAAGAAGAAUGUCGUCAAAUCUGUACGCUUCUAG